GAGAUUGGGAACGAGAUGGAGGCGGCGGGGGGCGGCGGCGGGCUGGGCACGAUGCGGGCGGUGUUGGCCAUCCUACAGUGGUGGGGAUUCAACGUCACCGUCAUCAUCAUCAACAAGUGGAUCUUCCAGAAACUGGACUUCAAGUUCCCUCUGACCGUCUCCUGCAUUCACUUCAUAUGUUCCUCGAUUGGGGCCUAUAUCGCGAUACACGUGCUCAGGGCGAAGCCCCUCAUCCAGGUCGAGCCGGAGGACCGCUGGAGGAGGAUCUUCCCCAUGUCGUUCGUCUUCUGCAUGAACAUCGUGCUGGGGAACGUCAGCCUACGAUACAUCCCUGUCUCCUUCAUGCAGACCAUCAAGUCGUUCACUCCCGCCACCACAGUUAUUCUGCAGUGGUUGGUGUGGAGCAAGCACUUUGAGUGGCGCAUAUGGGCUUCGCUGGUCCCGAUAGUUGGGGGGAUACUCUUAACUUCAAUGACAGAGCUUAGUUUCAAUAUGUUUGGUUUCUGUGCUGCCAUGGUUGGCUGCCUUGCCACGUCUACAAAGACCAUCCUGGCAGAGUCCCUGCUCCAUGGGUACAAGUUUGACAGUAUUAACACAGUGUACUACAUGGCACCCUUUGCCACCAUGAUACUGGCUCUACCAGCAAUGUUGCUUGAAGGAGGCGGCGUAAUUGACUGGUUCUACACACACAACUCGAUCGUUUCUUCACUGGUUAUCAUCCUGGGCUCAGGGGUGCUUGCGUUUUGCCUUAAUUUCUCCAUCUUCUACGUUAUCCAUUCAACCACUGCAGUGACCUUCAACGUUGCUGGCAACCUUAAAGUUGCUGUUGCGGUACUGGUCUCAUGGUUGAUCUUCCGGAACCCUAUCUCCUCUAUGAAUGCGAUUGGAUGCGCAAUCACGCUUGUCGGCUGUACUUUCUAUGGGUAUGUGAGGCAUCUCAUCUCCCAACAACAGGCUGCUGCCCCUGGGAGCCCAAGAACGAAUUCACCGGGGAGUCGGGUGGAGAUGCUCCCCCUCGUAGGAGACAUGCAAGACAAGGUUUAGCAAGACAAGCCAUUCCAUUUCCGCAGUUGAUGGUACAUUACGAUGUUUGGGCGUACAGAUGCUACGCUAGGAGAAGCCAGUGACUGGUAGAGGGUAAUACUUUCUUAUGAGGCUGCAUAUGAGGGUUGUUGAGUCAUUCUAAUUUUUAUAGGGUUCUUGGUUAUAAGCUUAACUAAAUCCCCUGCUUGAGGAUUGGUUUUCUUGUUUGCUGCCACGUGUUUAGACCUUAGGCUUGCUGGUAUGAAAAUUAAUGGCAUUACGAUUACAAUGUGUGUCAUUUUGGCAUGGAAAUCCUGUUACACACUGUC